AUGUCUCCCGAGGCCUCCAGCAACAGCAACAUCCGAGUCUUUAUCCGCUGGCACGACCAGACUGUCUUCGCUGGCGAGGAGAUCAAAUGCACCAUUACUUUUAAGAAUAUCGCUCGCGACUCAAGUCAACAACGCCAGUCCCAACUGCUCACUCCCACCGACCGCCCCAGGCACGCCUCGCCCUUACUGAGGGCCAAGUCAAACGCUGGCUUAACCCCGCCGAACUCUGCUCAGACACGCGGCCAUCGAUCAGCCCUCUCUCUCAACGUACCGGCUGCUCAAGCACGAAAGCGAUCAGGCUCUGUUCCGUGGCCGUCGCCCCUCACCCCUAAUGCUGCCGAACAUCGCGGCAAUGGUCAUCAAAAAUCCGUCUCAAUAGUGUCGAUCGGCUCUACCAGCACCGUCGCCGACGAAACUCAAAGCAAUGCUAGCUUAACCAAGUCGCAACGGCCCGGCCGCGGCCAUGCGCGCGCCUCGAGUCUCCAGAUUGUCCCUCGCGGAGCUGCUCUGGGACUGGCAGGACCUCACUCUGCCUCCCCCAGACACAUAAGCUCGCCCUUGUUUAACUCGACAUCCGCCUCCGACACGCCUCCUGCGACCUCACGAUCCUCGACGUUUCCCAAUGCGCAGAGUGCUGUUGGCUCACAACGCCCAAUGAGAUCUCCCAAUAACGCGCUGUCUGAAUUUCGAUUCCCGAUGGUCCAGUCACCGCUCUCCGAAUCGACGACCACUCCAUUGACAGCGAACCACGAUGGCCUCUUGAGCCCAAAUACCGAUGCUUCCUCUAGCACAGCCGUGAGACCCAAGGAGGGCAUUCCUACAAUUAUCAACGAACACACAGCCCCAGCCAUGCGAAUACUGUCCACAACCAGCAUGGGCGGAGGCACGCCACGAAGUAGCGGAGAGUUCUACUCUAUGAGCAAUAAUUCAACAGAAACUCUGGCUUCGGAAUACCCAUCACAGCCCACAAGAGGACCUAUGCGACCACCACACUUUAGGCGGCCAUCAAACCUGGCGCACAACCCGAAGUUGCCGGAAUCGUUAAUGAUGGGUUACGCGCAAAUCCAAGGCUCAUUCACGCUUGAUGGGUCGCUUAUCAAUAUUGGCCCUUUUGAACAAGUCAAGCGGAAGGCCGUUGUCGGCGGUCAAGGUGGUGGUGUCAUCGGAGUGGAACCUUCGAAACGGGACAGUGGGCUGCUUCGAAGUUUCGGCUGGGGGAGUAUCAGCAACUCAAUUGGCGAGCUGCUCGGAGGUGGCGAGUUGAGCAGCAUCAAGGACAUGCGCGGCAUCGCCAGUUCCAAGUCUGUUCCUUUGCUCUCAACACCCCAGUCCAUCCUGUUCGUGGACCUCAACUUGGCCCCAGGCGAGCACAAGGCCUUUGAGUACUCAUUCCAGCUUCCUAAAGGGUUGCCACCGACACAUAAGGGCAAAGCGGUGAAAAUCUCCUAUAGUCUGGUUAUCGGCACGCAGCGGGCCGGCGGCUCGAAAGAGCAACAAGUGCGAUCUGUGGAAAUCCCGUUUAGGGUGCUCGGCAGCGUGAACAGUUAUGGCGAGAUUCUGGGUCAUGACCUCAUGAACCCGUAUAUUAUACUUCGUGACCAGGCGAAGAUCAAGACAGUCGAUAAGCUGACGACACUCGGUGAACUAAAGAAGCUCAAGGCGACGAAGCCGGACACUUCGACCAUCAACGACUUCCUUUCUUAUGUAGACGAACUCAUUUCAAGACCACGCGAUGGUUCUAGCACGGGCUUACUCUCCCCCACGGCGUAUCCUGGCUCCCGACGGUCAUCGGCAUUCGAGGACGCGACGACCGCGACAGAGGCCAUCAACAUGGCCAUCAUGCGCAGCAACAUAACUUCGGAGGGCCAGCAGAGCCCCAAUCGCUUCGAGAUUGCUCGCAAUGGGCAGCGGGUAGGCGUCGUGAUGCUUACACGACCGUCUUACCGCCUAGGCGAAGUUGUGACCAUGGCCAUCGACUUCACGGACGCCGAUAUCCCUUGUUACGCCGUUCACUCAUGUCUCGAGUCCGCCGAGCGAAUCGAGCCUCAUCUCGCUAUUCGCUCAGAAGCAUCUAUCCAUCGAGUAACGCGAAGGAUUCACUUCGCGGCAUCGGAAGCAACCCUCUACAACCGGCGGAUGGUUUUUACCCCGACAAUCCCCAUCAACGCGACCCCCGAAUUUGUCACCACCGGCGUGUCGUUGGAGUGGAAGAUCCGCGUCGAGUUCGUCGUACCGAGUCAGGAAACGGAACUCGAGCGGGAGUCACCAAGUACCCAUCCCUUGCUGGAGGAAAUCUCCCGCGAUGAGAAGGGCGGAUUGGUGCUCGUGGCCGUAGAGAACCUAGCAUGCGAGAGCUUCGAGGUGGCCGUGCCGUUGCGGGUGUAUGGUGCCGUCGCAACGGGCCUGGAGAGGCUGGAGAGGGAUGAGGCGUUUGAAGAGGGUCUCGUCGUCUAA